GAAAAAUCCAGGUUCCAGAAAUAAGUUCCAGUCUCUUCUCCUUUCCUUACCCUGUCUACUUAUAUAACUUAUUCUCAGUAAAUCUUGGGUCUUUCUGGAUUGGAAUUGAAUUUCCAAGAUGGGUAUGGUUUUUGGGAAGAUCAGCGUGGAAACCCCUAAAUACGAGGUGGUUCAGUCCUCACCUGACUAUGAAAUCCGGAAAUACUCUCCGUCGGUGGCGGCGGAGGUCACUUACGAUCCAUCUCAGUUCAAAGGGGACAAAGACGGUGGCUUUAUGGUCUUGGCCAAUUACAUAGGUGCCUUAGGCAAUCCACAGAAUGCUAAGCCUGAGAAGAUUGCAAUGACAGCUCCAGUGAUUACUAAAUCACCCGGAGACGAAAGCGAAAAGAUUGCCAUGACGGCUCCUGUGGUCACCAAAGGGGAUAAGAGUAUGGUGACUAUGCAGUUCUUGUUGCCGGCCAAGUACAAGAAGGCUGAGGAGGCGCCUAAGCCGGUGGAUGAGAGGGUGGUGAUACGGGAAGAGGGGGAAAGGAAGUACGGGGUGGUGACUUUUGGGGGAGUGGCAACGGAGGAGGUGGUGGCGGAUAAGGUGGAGAAGCUCAAGAAAAGCUUGGAAAGAGAUGGGCACAAGGUGAUUGGAGAUUUCUUGUUGGCUAGGUAUAAUCCACCAUGGACUUUGCCCCCUUUCAGGACUAAUGAGGUUAUGAUCCCAGUUGAGUGAAAAACUAAAAGUGGCAUGUUUGUCUUUCCAUGCCUUGUUGCUGUUCUGUUCUGGCAAUCAUCACUGUAAUGCAUUGUUAGUAGAAAUAAGUACAUGUAGUUUUCCUAAUAUUUAACAGUUCCUAUUUCUACAGC